AUGUAUGUGUUCAUGGGAUACAAAAAACACAUACGAGUUUUGUUGUUUUCACUGAUCUUAUACGUUUAUGACAAGAGUAUAACCACAGUUUUUGCUCAGUCUAAUCAAACCAGUGAGGUAAAUACGUACACAGUGGUAUCAAGAGAUAAUAUAUGCAUACUUAUGAAAGCCAGCAUCAAAAUCAUUGUACCUUUAAAAGAUUCCAGGAGAAACAUCAGCACCACCGUAAACUCAGGCGAUGUUAAUACAACAAAUGUAGAUGGUUUUUGCGAAGAUACACGAGCAAUAUUAUAUAUUACAUGGGAUCAUAAUGAUGGCGUUUUAUGGACUAUUUCCUUCAUAUUCCAUUUAUUUACUGGUGGUUACUACUCACUGGAUUCAAUUGAUCUUGAUUAUCGUAAAAAUGGAAGUUAUGUAGCUACAAAAUCAAAUAAGGAAGUUUUUAGCAUUCCAGUAGGAAGUUACUACAAUUGUACUAAACAACAGAAGAUAGAACUAUUCUCAAAUAAUGCACAAGAUGGUAUGGUACGAAUGAUAUUUGAGACUUUUCAAGUAGAAGCAUUCAGAAGUAGUAAAGAAACUAACUUUGUUGGAACCGAGUCACGUUGUACUGUGGAAGACAGGGAUCAUGUUGUGACAUCUAUUGUCGUAAUCGUAGCUGUUGUAACUAUGGCCUUAAUCUUUCUGUGUACAUUUUGUUUAACUUCUGAUGAAACAGAUGAUGCAUAG